AUGGUAUUAUUAGCAUUCGAACUAAGACAUUUUAGUAUUCCUUUCAAUCUUGAAUUUAUGAAACCUAAAUCUCACUCAUUGACUCUCUUCAUAAAAUUUUCUCCUUUUAUUCGAUCUUUAAAAUCUAUUUUUACACCUACAACCUUUCUUUUUAGUAUUCCUGCUUUAGCAUAUUUUGUAAAUAACAACAUUUCUUUUUUAAUCCUUAGUAUAAUGAAUCCACCUACCUUUAUGGUCCUUGGAAAUCUUAAAAUUAUAACUACAGGACUUUUCUAUAAUAUAUUUUUAGAUAAGAAAUUAAAUAGAAUUCAAUGGAUUGCUUUAUUGAUGCUAUUUCUUGGAUCAAUAAUAUCCCAAAUUCGCUUUUCAAAUGGAGGUAAACCUGAGAUCAUAACAAGUCUAUUUGGAUUUUUAUUAAUAGUAAUUUUUAGUUGCAUUUCUGCAAUGGCUAGUGUAUAUACAGAAUAUAUAAUGAGUAAUAUAUUUAAAAAUGAAAGUAUUCAUUUACAAAAUAUUAAAUUAUAUCUUUUUGGAAGUUUAUUUAACGGGUUAAUGUAUUACUUUUCUACAUUUUCUUCAUUUUCUUCAUUUAACAAAAAAUCAGUAAGCAAUUAUGAUGGAUUUUUUUCAUCUUUAUUCCCAAUUCAUUAUUUAAUAAUAUUUUCUGCUUGUUCAAUGGGAUUAAUCACAUCAGCGAUUAUAAGAUAUAGUGGGAGUAUAACAAAAAUAUAUUCUACUAGUAUGGCAAUGUUUCUUAGUAGUUUUAUGAGUUGGAUUAUUUUAGAUAAUUAUAAACCAAAUAUUUUGUUUUUUGUUGGAGCUUUGUUAUGUUGUUUUUCUUUACAAAUGUAUAAUAAUAGUAAAAUCGAAAAUUAUGAAAAGUAA